CGAUUGAGGCUGUAUAUAACCCACAAUCUCAACAACUCUCAUUGUCCAUUUUUUCAUGACACGGGAAAAAUGUGCAGGUCGAAUGAAUUACAGAAUCAGUGUUCAAACAGCAAUACGACAAACUUAUGUAGCCGUUGGUGUGAAAAUUCUUGGUAGCUGCGAAAUUAUUACGUACAUAACCAUGAGCACGUGUCAUUGGUGUUAACCGCUCCUGUCAGAAACGGUCAUUUGCAGUGGAAAUAGAAAAGUUAUAUUGGAAACAUAGUUUACAAAUUAUCCCUUAAAAAUGAGAUUUCAAAUCUAUUUUGGUCUGGUCGCUCUUUUCGUGCUAGGAUGUGGAGUAGGAGAUGCCGAGGGGGAAAAUUUCGAGUUCCACCUUUCCAAUGCCAUGCUAAUUACGAGCCUCCGCCUUUUCGAACAAACCUCGGACUCAUUUUACGUCUUCAGAGCAAAGAAUGGCUCCAUCAUUCUCAAGGCUGAUUCUGGCUUUGGGAUUAUGGCCGUCGUCCAAGAGAUGAAUUUGCAAGAUAUUAUAAAUCCCAUCGGAUGUCUCGACUCCAUCAAGAUGUCUCAAGUGGAGGGGUCCUCUGAAACGAAGAGCAUUUGCGGCAACGUGGAGCUCACUCCUGACUCGUCCAUCCUGACCCCACGUCCUAGUUACGUGGAUAAGUCGGGUUUUCUGGAGCUGGACUACGUGCUGACGGAAAAGAAUCGUAUCUCCCCUCUCGACAGGAACAUUACCAACUUCAACGUGAGCUUCACCCCAUUCACCAAGUGUCCCGAGGAAGAUUACCCCUUUGGAAAUGGUCUCCUCCGCCCCUGCUCCAUGCUCGACACCUUCUCGUGCAUUUCGGCUGAUUUCUUCUGUGAUGGCGUCAUCAACUGCGGGUUCCCUCACGAGCUUGGACUGGAUGAGCAGGAUUGCGAUGUGAAAGACGUUCCCGCAAUCCACCUCGUGCAGCCAGAAGAUCUUGACCAAAGUGCAGAAGGAGGCGAGCUUUUACAACUCCCCAACAAAUUGCCCUAUGAUCCCUACAUCACUCUGGAGGAUGAGGACGACACGGCCAGAUUAAAGCAGCAACGCCAACUCAGUUUCCUCAUUUGGAAGUAUAGCAACACUGCCAACACGGGCCUGUUUGUCGUCAUCGUCAUGUUUGUGCUUAUCCUGGUGAAGACGCAGGGCGGCAGGAGGACUGGACCAAGAGGUGGGGGCAGAGGACUGCUAGUAGCAAGAGCCACGCAUCACGCCCUCCCUACGUCGAUAGAGGACAAGAGUGGCGUCUCUUCGACGACUGACUCUUCAGUUUACUACGAUGCGGAGACGGACCCUGCGCCCACGUACGAGGACUGUCUGCUGGACGACUCCUCAAGACCCGUCUACACCGCGUUAUCCGUGGAACAUGAACGACCCCCGUCCUACGAAGAGGUCAGGGUUCACCGUGGCUGGAGUACAAAUUUUAGCAAACGGGAAAGGAGUAGUAGCAGUUUGUACCUUCUUUAAUCCAUUUUGAUCUCAACAACGCGUGCAAAGAAGUGAUGCAAAUGUGUAAACGAACAGAGUGACAAUUUUUUAUGAGUAGUUUUACACUCGUGCUGUGUUCAAAUGUGUGGGUGGGUUGACAAUGUUGAGUGUACAAGUAUGGUACCCAUCUUUGAUGGUAGCUGUGUUUAGGUUAUUCCAUAAAUUUGUGAUAAUUUUACUUUAUGCCCUUGUUUAAUUUAAUUUAUGAAACUGGAAAUAAAGCUAUUUUUAGAUUUUCUUAUUUAAUCUGCCGAA